GGUUCAGUAUUGCUGCAUUGUGAACUGCCGUAAUCGGUCUCAUGAUCGACAGGGCAAGCGUCUCGCGAAUCAUAUUAGUUUUCACCAUUUUCCUACUUGGAAAAAAACACAAGGAGACUUGGUGUCUGAAAUCACCAAGAAGCGUCGGAUGGCUUGGGUCGCCGCUGUACGGAGGAAAACCAUCACCUUCGAUAAUAUUUCCACAUCCAUGCUUGUUUGCUCACGGCACUUUCACAAAGGCAAGCCAGCAUAUGAAAUGUUGCAGUGCGACCCUGAUUGGGCACCGUCUCUACACCUUGGUCACAAAGGGAUCAGUGGAAAUCCUGACAGAUAUCAGCGGAGGAUUCAACGGCAGCAAGCUGCAGUUGUGUCACCUUUUACCACACCUUCUGCCGCCACAUCUGAUGAUGCUUGCUGUGUCACACCUGUUGACACAUCCAAUGACCCACCUGUUGACACACCGAUGGCCGAUGACACACCCGCUGACUCUGGGGAACAACAAGAGUGCAUCUUUUGUGAGCAGAGGCAAGCUGAGAUCAACCGUUUGCUAGAGGAAAACAGACAACUGAAAGAAGAGAUCUCCAAGAAGAAUUUUGAUGAGCGCUUCCUUGAAGGCAAUGACAUAAAGGUGAAAUACUACACUGGUCUGCCUUGCUUCGCUGUUUUGAUGGGUGUGCUGGCGCAGCUCCUUCCAUGCCUACAGACAGGUCGAAAACUUUCACCUUUUCAGAUGGUCCUUUUAACUUUGAUGCGGCUGAGGCUGAACCUGCCAAUUCAACAUGUAGCACAUCUAUUUGGCUUAGACAGGAAGACAGUCUCAGUUACUUUCAGAGACACCAUAGCAGUAAUGUUUUCACAUUUAAGGCCACUGGUGCACUGGCCAGAGAGGCAUUGUCUGCGAGGUACCAUGCCACAUCAGUUUGUGGAGGCUUUUGGGGAUCGUGUAGCAGUUAUUGUGGACUGUUUCGAGAUUGGCAUUGAGAGGGCAUCCAAUCUUAAAGCUAGGGCACAAACAUUUUCCCACUACAAGCACAAACACACACUGAAAUACCUUAUCGGCAUUACACCACAGGGAGCAAUAUCUUUCAUUUCAAAAGGGUGGGGUGGUCGCGUGAGUGACAAACAGGUAACAGAGGACAGUGGUAUUCUUAAUCAUCUGCUUCCUGGAGACUUGGUGCUGGCGGAUCGUGGGUUUGACAUCAGGGACAGCGUUGGACUAAUGUGUGCUGAAGUAAAAACACCCGCCUUCACACGAGGCCAAUGUCAGUUGGAUGCAAAGGACGUGGAAGACACCAGGAAGAUAGCGCACCUUAGGGUUCAUGUGGAGAGGGUAAUUGGUUGUGUUCGUGGAAAGUACUGCAUAUUGAACGACACAAUUCCACUAAGCAUGGUGGUUCCCUGUGAAGACGAAAACACGGUCUUACUAGACAAAAUUGUGUGCGUGUGCUGUGCUCUGACGAAUAUGUGCCCCAGUGUUGUUAUGAAACCAUAAUGUAUACGGAAAGCUGUACUAUUAUUUUUGUCAUUGUUACUGUUAUAUUUCUGUAUGAAGACUGCUGUUCAUAUUGUUUAGAAGUUUGGUGAAUAUAUUAUUGCAGUUGUUUAGAUAAUUCACAGUAACAAUAUAUUGUGCAACAUGAAAUUGAUGUACAUAGUUAUGAUGAGACAUGUAUGGUGUCUCUCUCUCUCUCUCUCUC